UAUUUUUGACCAAUAAUAAUAAUAACAAAUAAAUCCAAUUUCUUUUUCCCCAAGCCUACUCCAACACUACCUAUUUCUGCUUCGAAAAAAAAAAAAAACAAUUGUGCUAUUUCGCCGGUAACUCUUCGUCGCUACCGUUACAUUUAACUGCCGAAAUCCGGGUCUCGAUUGAAGACUAGCAUUUAAUCCAAUGGGUGAUAGUCAGUACUCUUUCUCGCUUACCACUUUCAGUCCAUCUGGAAAGCUGGUUCAGAUUGAACAUGCCUUGACCGCAGUUGGAUCAGGUCAAACGUCACUGGGGAUUAAAGCUGCUAAUGGUGUUGUAAUUGCAACUGAGAAGAAAUUACCAUCCAUCCUUGUUGAUGAAACAUCUGUGCAAAAGAUUCAGACUUUGACACCAAAUAUUGGAGUAGUUUACAGCGGCAUGGGCCCUGAUUCUCGAGUUUUGGUGCGAAAAAGUAGAAAGCAGGCUGAGCAAUAUUAUCGACUCUAUAAAGAACCAAUACCUGUCACGCAAUUGGUGAGGGAAACUGCUGCUGUCAUGCAGGAAUUCACACAAUCAGGUGGUGUAAGGCCAUUCGGUGUUUCACUCUUGGUUGCGGGAUAUGAUGACAAGGGUCCUCAACUAUAUCAGGUAGAUCCAUCAGGUUCUUACUUCUCUUGGAAGGCUUCGGCCAUGGGGAAGAAUGUGUCUAAUGCGAAGACAUUUCUAGAGAAGAGGUACACUGAGGAAUUGGAACUUGAUGAUGCUGUACACACUGCUAUACUGACCCUGAAGGAGGGAUUUGAGGGUCAGAUCUCUGGAAAAAACAUCGAGAUUGGCAUCAUUGGCAAUGACAAAGUAUUCAGAGUUCUCACACCAGCUGAAAUAGAUGAUUAUCUACAAGAAGUAGAAUAGACUCUUUUCGUGUCUAGGAUGUUGACGAAUUUAGUUGUCAGGAAAAAAGCACUGUGGAGUUUGAUAUGGCAAAACUAUCUGAGAAUCUUGUUGAACUUUCUUUGUUUUGUUUUAUUUUUCCUUGUUACAGUUUGAUUAUGGCAAAAAUAUGAGGAUAAUCUUUGACUUUCCUUUCUUACAGUUUGGUCUUUUAUCAAAACUAACUUAAUUGUGGUUGUUCCUA